UCUUUUACGACUUCAUGGACGCAGCAUCAACAUUGCCCGUUAAGCCUGAUUUAUGGUUCCACGUUAUCGGCGUUCCACCAACACCGUACCCUACGGCGUAGGCUCUGCGUCGAUUUAACGCGGAACCAUAAAUCAGCCUCAACUGAUUUGUAGACGUCGUCAUGGGCAACGUUUAAAGCGAACAGGGUUUCGACCAAUCACAAAGCACGAUCUUUCCAACUGACCAAUCAGAGAUAGUGUUUGGGUGGCUUAAACAACCGUCCCCCACAAGAGGAAAAACUUCAGAUUCGUCUCGAAAACAUGUCUUUCGGUAUGAUAUCAGUAACGUAAGUGUUGUCAAAGCUUCGUCCAAACAUCUCUUAAUAAUGAAGACCCGGCAUGCACCGGCACCGGCACCGCCGGUCCACGUCCAUGUGCCGGACACCACACCGGUGCAUGUCCAUAUGAGGAGGAGUGCCAGCAAAACCCCUCAGAGUCCCACAAAAGAUGCUCGGGUGAAACGAGAUGGAGGGAGAGCAAAGGUCCUACCGCCUUGGAUCCCACCUGGACGAGUGUCCUGUAGGAGAAGUGUUGGGGCCAGCAUAGCUCAGACAGAGAAUGCGCACCAUCAAUCUGACUGUGGUAUCAGAUAUCAGGAUGAUGUAGAAGAGCAGGGAGAAAAGCUGGCUGGAAUAUCUGAAAACAUCAGUGUCCUGCUUGGAGAGCAAGAACGCAUCCGCCGCUCAAAGAGAGAUACUGAUGAACUCCUGAGGGCACUUGUAGAAGCAGAAAUCGACGGUGUAGCUGUAGCCAAUCAGCUGACUGCCCUGAAAGAAACUAUUGACAGCUUCACCAAGGAUAGGCGGUUGUCAAAACUGCAUGCAGCCACACUUGGGCGACAGCAGGAGUUGUUACAAGAAAAGAUAGAUAUGUUUGAUAACACAAAUCAUAACCUCCGCGACCUCCUGAGAGAAUGGCGUGAAUAUGAGAGAGAAUCACUGAUGAAGUCAGAGCAGAAUGAUGCCUUCAAGAAAAGAUUGGCUGACAAUGAGGCAGAAAAUAUUCGUCUUUUGGCCAAACUUACCAACAAGGAGAAGGAGGCCUCCAAGCUGGCAGAGCAUUUGGAGUUUGAAAAAGACAACUUGAAAACAACUGAAGAGCUUUCAAGAAUAGUGGAGUCAACCCGGGACCAUCUGGAGUUUCAGCUGAAGCAAGCAGCGGCUGAAAAGACCCAGCUAGCUGCUCAAAUUCAGAGGAUGAAGCAGAGCCACGAGCAGACACAGGAGGAACUCCAGAAUCUGCAGGAAGAGCUGCAGACUGUAAAAAAGCAGGAGGAGGAUGAGGAGGGGAAACCAGACCAGGAAAUGCGUACCCUGCUCACGCAGCGGGCUGAACAAGCCGAAGAGUCUACCAGGCAACUCACGAAGAAACUUCGGGAGAAAGAGUCCAAGCUGUGUGAAGCCCUGUCCACAUCCAGUGACUGGUGCCUCCGCCACUCAAAGGAAGCAGCGGUUAAAGGGCAACUGGAAGAGGAAAUCUCUGCACUCAAACUUCGAGUGUCCGAGCUGAAUUCACAGCUUCAUUCGGCGGAAGAGAAGAGUCGGGUGGGGAAGGAGGAGAUCAGAAAUCAGAUUCAUCAAAUGAGUGCUGAAAACACCUCCACCAAGCUGGAAAACCAAAGACUAAAGAGGGAGCUGACGUCAUGUGAGGAGAAAUUCAGUGGUCUUCACUCUGAAGCUCGUCACUUCAAAUCAUCAAUCAAAAAAUACGAAAACAAGGUGGAGAAAUACAAAAAAAAGGUACAGCAGGCUCGCCUGGAAUCAGAGGAGUACUGCCUGAAGCUGGAGGUCGUGCAGAAGGAGGCGCGGGACGUGAAGGUGAGCCUGGAGAGGGAGAAGGAGCAGGUGAGGCGGGAGGUGCUGGGUCGGCUCAGAGAGCUCGAGCCUCUUCCAGAAAGACUUAAAAAGACCGAGCUGCAGCUCCGAGAUGCUCAGCAGGAGGCCGAUGCCCAGCAGAGGAGGAAUAUGGAGAACAACGCCGCCCUUUCUGAAGUCAGGCACAAGGUGGAACAACAGGGAAGUCAGAUGGAAAUGUUUCGCCAGAGAAAUCUGUUGCUGCAGGAAGAAAACAAUGUUCUGAAAGAGAAAAUUCACAACUUAGAAAGGAAGCUGGAAGAUACAAGUAUAGAAAAGAAAGAGAUGUCCCAGGCUCUGACCUUGAAGGAAGGCAGUACCUGCAGUCUUCAGCAGCGACUGGAGGAGAAGACUCGUGAGUGCAGCUUCCUGUCCCUAAAGCUGCAGGAAGCUCUGGACGAUGCACAGAGACAGGUGGAUGACGGCAUGCAGACGCUUCUGGCCAAAGAGAGGACUUCCCAGACCAAAGCGUUGGAUCUGCAGAGCCAGCUGAGCCAAGCCAAAACAGAGCUGAGUCAACUACAGCGAAGCAAGGAGGACAUGGAGCGUCGUUUCCAGAAUCAGCUGCAGAACAUGAAGGAGAGGCUGCAGCAGUCGGACUCUACAAACCGCAGCCUGCAGAAAUACGUUCAUUUUCUCAAAACAUCAUACGGAAAUGUGUUUGGUGACUCUUUGAUUGCAAGCUAACAGGCAUGCGUCCACUGUGAAAACACUGGCAUUAGACUUGAAUUAGAUGUAAUUUUAGAAUAUGCUUUGAAUCUAAAAUCUUUAUUCUG